AUGGAAAAUCAGCUCUGGUCUGACAACCUGGGGUGCUGCCAUCAAUACCAAGAAAGUACCCAGGAUGUGGAGGACUUCCUGCUCCUGCUGCUGGGCCUUGUCAUUCUUGUCAACAUCGGGAUCAACGUAGCAACUAUGAUGUGGCACAGGCUCCAGAAUGUCUUAGACAACAGCAUCUGUUGGAUUAAUCAGAAAAAUGAAAUCUCGCAGGCUUGUGAAAGUUCCCCCAAAUCUCCUCCAGCCAAGGCCAAAGACGUCCACAUCCACUGUACCCUGGACCCUGUAGAAGUGAAGAUGGCCAGGUCCACUUGCUGCUCCUCUUCCUCCUACCACCGUCCCCGCAGCCAAAGCCGCAGCCGCCGCCCUCGACGCCAGCAACCUCGCCGCCAGCAACCUCGCCGCCACCGCAGCCGCCCCUGCAGCCACCAGCGGAUGUCGAAGAACUCCAAACGAUUCCCCUACAGCUGCUCGGUCUUCGGUAGGCCACGUCGCAGCCACAAGAUGUCACAGCUGCGGGCGAGGCCCUCCUUUGAUCGGGAGGACCUGGACUCCUACCUGGAGGAGGACGAAGACCUUGCCUUCCCACACCCCAAGUACCCAAGGGGGGCCUGGGGAGGGCUCUACCAACGGAUGGGCCUGCCCUCCAGUAUGGGGCUCUGGGGCCGCCAGGGUGGGAUCCUGGCCAGCCUGCCGCCACCUUCUCUCUACCUGUCACCUGAGCUGCGGCGCCUGCCCAAGCGUGUGGAGGCCAAGUCUGAGCUCAGGCUGCAGUCCUUCGGGCCCCUCUGCUCACCAUCCCACACCUGGGGCAAUGUGGAGGUAGGCCAGUGGACCUCGUCUCCACUGCCUCCCCGACGGCUGCCCCCCAACCCCUCGUGGGUCCCUACGGGGCACAGCCCUUACCCCUCAAGGGGCCAGCUCCUGUAUGACAACUGGGAUCAGAGGCGACGUGGUCUGGAGGCUUCUGAGCCUCCCUCCGCCCUGUUGACCCGGGGCUCCCGGCCCGAAGCCCGAGAGCACUUCUCCCCACAGGUCCACCGACGGAGCCUCCUUGGCCAUGCUCACGGCCAGCCCAACCGCAGCCCCCACCCCUCCACGGGACACUUGAACUACUCCCGGGAUCCCCAUGAGGUCCGGCGCCGGGCAGCCGAAUGGACUGAGACAGUGCCCACUAGGCACCCUUUGACCACCUCCACCUCCCUCACUGUGCUGGGCGAGGCCUCAUACCAGCGGGCCCCGGCUCCCAGCUCAGCUCUGUUCCUCCGCUCCUCCCAGCCGCUGCCCGAAGUCCAGGCUACAGAGCCGCCCCAGCCCACCUUUAUGCCACUCAGCCGGAACCCAGGGGGCAAUGCCAGCUACCAGGUGUACGACAGCCUGGAGCUGAAGCGGCAGGUGCAGGAGAGCAGGGCGCGAGCCAACUCGCUGCCACCUUCCAACUCUGCCUCCAGGCCCUCUCUGCAUAGAAGCCGGACUGGGAAAAUUCACUGA